UCAGGUUCUUUUUAUAAUAUGUGACCUGAAGAUGACUAAGAUCUAUGGCUGAAGAUGUUCAAUUAAUUUCAUAUAGGAAAUGAAAGAUACACCCUUAAAAACUAGUCCUGUUCCCCUGAUGCCGAAAUCCAAAAUUGGCAUCAAAAAAGAAAAAAUGGCUGCUAAAAAGAUAAAGGAGCUGAAGACUCCAGUUUUAAAAGCCAGUAGCAGUAAAAAGGUCAGUUUGAAAAGUCCUGGUAAGAAAUGUAGUAAUAGUAAGGAAGUUGAAGAUCCACCCAAAAGAAAACGAGGUAGACCAAGAAAUGAAGAUAGGAUACAAAAUAAAAAGAAAGUUAGUGACCCCAAACCUGCUAAGAAAACUGAUGAAGUUGCUACUUGUAGAAAGAGAAAGCUUCCUCAGAAUGUUGUAAAAACUGAAAAGGAAUUUAUUAACCCACCUCCUAAGAAACCAAAGAGUAAUGAAACAAACUGCAACAUGAAUGGCAGUAUUAAAAUGCCUGUUUCUCCUGUACAUAAGCCUUGCAUUCAGAAAGGAGAAUCACCAACUGUUGUAGAACAUACUAUCACAAAUAGUAAUGGUAAUAUUCAUUGUAAAAAAACUUUAACGUUUGGUACAAAAAAGCCUAUUGUAAGUUCAAUUACAAAAAAUUCUUUGUUUCCUACAACAACAAAAAGGGAAAUGGUGAAUGGGAAUGGCUGGGUGAAACAGUGCAAAAAUCAACUUACAAAAAAUAAUAAAAGUAUCCCUAAAAAGAUCACUGAAGUAAGUACUCUUCCCAAAGAAUGUACAAAAGAAAUAAAGGUAGAAAAGGUGAAUAAUAUUAUAACUCCUUACCAGGAGCCUAUAAAGUCUCAUCCACAAAGAAUGGCUAGUCUUGAUGCUUUAGCUAAAAUGCAUGUAAUUUGUACAACAGAUCGGAAACCAAUAGAACAUCAUCCUAAAACUACUUCUGUUAUAACUGUAUGUUCUCAGCCAUUCAGUCAUCAAAAAUCAUUAACACAGUGUCAUGAAAGUAUACGUUUUGAUGUUAAAAAAGAAAGUAAAGAUUGUAAGGGAAAUAUUGUGCAUAAGCAGAUCAAUUAUGUGAAAGAGAAACAACAAGUUUUUGUAUCUCAUUCUGUUGAACAGUCUUCUGUCUUGGAGCACAAAGAACAAAGUAAAGCAUUAAGUUCUAAAUCUCAGCUGGAAAAGGAUAAAAAGAAAAAAAUGAAACCAUCACAGAACUCAUCACCAGAAUCUACAGAAACAGGUAAAAGUGCAAAGCUCAGGAAAAAUGUUUCAAAUAAUUUAAAGUUUUUAGAAAUCUUGCCAAAGAAAGGUGGAGCAAGCAAGUCUAAAUCUUCAAAAGACAAGGAAGAUGAUAAGAAAAGCACGAAUAAUAAAAACAAAACUCCAAAGAUAGUUAAAAAAACUUUCAAAGACAAACAAGAUAAUAAAGGGAACAAUAAAGCUAAAAAAGUUGAACAAACUAAGUCAGAAGUCAAGGUCAAAGAAACUAUUAGAAUGCAGAAAACUUGCACAUAUCAGUCUGUUACAACUGUUAAUAGCCAUGGUACUACAGAUUCUGUAUGUGUGCCUGUUAGUCAUGUUGGUAUGACUACAAAUUUUUCUAAAACUAAGAAAACAGUUGUGACUGAUGAAGAAUGCAAGAACAAAAUUAAUUAUUCUAGUGGAAGUGUUAUUAAUAACACUUACUGUUUAACUUCUGAAAGUCCGUGUUCUGUCUCUCAUCGUGCUGACUGUUGUAAGUUCCAUUCACAUACUACACCUCAGCUUAUUCCUUUUGCCCAUGUACAGACAUGUCCAAUAGGGCACAGUAUGUCAAGAACUUCUGGUUCAUCCUCAUCUUCAUCAUCUCACUGUGAUGGAAACAGUGCAGUGCACAGGUUUAGCCAACCACCUGUUGUCUACUCUCCGUCAUCUAGUGAUUAUGGCUGUUGCUGUUCCAGUUCCUUGGUACAAAAUGUUCAUGAUUCAUGUUUUGUAAGGAAUAGCAUUGUACCUUAUCCUCAUCAUCACUCGCACCACACCCACCAUAUCCCUACCAGUGCUUUCUCCUCAGAAACAUUAUGUACGGAUUGUCAUCGUCCUAGCAAUACAUCAUUAGAAGCAUCAAGACACGUACAACAUUUUGGUCUAUCUUCCUCUUCGCAUUCUAGAGUAGGUUGCUGCUCAUGCUGUGAACUUGUGCGUGAAAGUAACCAGCUUCAUCAUCAGUCGACCGGGAGUUGCCUUCAGUAUUUGUCUUCAUCAAAGAGUUCAGCAAGUCUUGUGCCUUGUGAGCAAUCUCCUUUGGACCUAUCAUUGGCUUCGACAUCUUCCAGUGCAAGUGUAGAUCCUGACUUCUCCUUGCCUACGGGACAUUGUCCCAGUCCAUUCUGUUGCAGAGAUCUCUUACUUUUGAGGACAUCCACACCACAUGGAUUUCAGCAAAGCAAGUUUUCUCCAAAUAAGAGUUGCUGUAGGUGUGCUAAGCAAGUCAUUUGUGAAAAGCCAAGUGUUGAAACAGUAAAAAAAGUGCAAUGUUCAAACACUACAGUUAAGCAACAUGGUCAGCCACAUCAGUCAGUUGAUCAUGUUGCGUUGUUGACGUCUCCUGUUGGUAAAGAAUCAGUUAUCCCUCCAAAUGUCUCUGCAUCAGGUGCCACUAGCAAAAGUGUACCUCAUGUUUUAACAGAUAAUUUAGUUACUACUAAACGAGAAAAAAAUACAUCACCGAAACAGUCUACUAAAGUGUCAUUAAUCAAGAAGCGUCACUUUGCUCAUGGCUGGAGCUGGAAGGGAGAGCCAAGAGAGAGAUUAAUUGCUCUAACAAAUGAUUCCAUUCCAUGUCCACGUACUUGCUAUCCUAGUAUUCAGCAUAAAGAAGGAGAUACCAUCUAUGAAAAAGACUGUGUUUUGUUGCGAUCUGGACCAAAAGAUACUGAUUUACCAUAUGUUGCUAAAGUUGCUGCAUUUUGGGAAAAUCCAGAAGAUGGGGAAAUGAUGAUGAGUUUAUUAUGGUAUUAUAGACCAGAGCAUACUGAUCAAGGACGAAAGCCAGGGCAGAUGGAAGAUGAAGUAUUUGCUUCCAGGCAUAAAGAUGUUAAUUCCGUCGCUUGCAUAGAAGAUAAAUGCUAUGUACUUACGUAUAAUGAAUAUUGCAGGUAUCGAGCAAGUUUAUCCAUGGAUGAUGACAUGAUAUCUAUGGCUUCUGUGUUGGUUCCUGAUUUAGUUGAUGGUUACCCUAGGAAAGAUAGACUUCCAAAUGAUGUAGUAUCUAGUGACAUUGUAUUUUUCUGUCGCCAUGUUUAUGAUUUUAGGCAGAAGAGGAUUUUAAAAAAUCCUUCAUAAAACAGAAAAUAAACUUUCGUGAUAGUAGCUAGUCUAGACUUUUAAUUUAAAGGGAAAAAAGUUUACAGACUACAAUCUCUGACAUAAAUCUGCUACUUGACCUAAACUAGUUGUUUACAUGUUGGUUUUACAUGUAAUAAAAUUGCCACAUUUGAGGUUGCCACCGUGUAAGGUUUAGUUUAUACUGUUGUUAGUUUAGUUGAUGAUUCAAAAGAGAGUGGAAAAUAUUUUCUGUGAUUUUCCUCAUACUAACUGAAACCAAAUACUGUUGUUGUAGCUUGAGGGUUUAAUUAAAAAGCUGAUGUUUCUUUAAAAUGUGUAGCAUCAGCUAUGUACAUUUGUAAAUCCUUAUAGCAGCUAUAUUUCUGCUAUAUGAAAUAAAAUUUAAAUGCAAAUUGUACAGAAAUUGAAUUAUAAUUAUAGAUUUCUUUCUUUAUGUAUAAAGUGCUUCACUAAUUGUUUGUUAUGAUCAGAUAAUUUAUAAAUGUAUUUUUAAUUUUAUCAUACUUAUUUCAUAUGAAAAUAUUGAUUGUGAUAAUCAUUUAAUGAAGUCACUUAAACACUGUGUGUUUUUCUCUGUUAUUAUUAUUAUAACCAGAGCAUUUGUAAUUUUGCUCUGAUGUAGUAGUUAAUUUGAUUGAACAUUUGUUUAGUGGAUUACUUCAUUGUUAAAUACUUUGUUGUAAUCUUAUAUAAUGUUUUAAUGGUCAUUAACUUAUAAAAAAAAGUAUUUUUGGCACUUGCACACAGUCACUGUAUAUUUUCCUUUUCAUUUUUGAAAUAUUUAGAAGUUAAAAUGAAUAUUUCAUGUUUUUUUAAUAGUGUGUUACUUUUAGUUUAUAAUUUUGUAGUUUGUUAAACAUGUAUUACAGACCAUAAUUGCUUCCACCUCAAAACGUGAUUUUAUGCAUGAAAAUACUGUUAAACCUCAAUUAUCCAAAUGACGUAGCCACUCACCAAACUGGAAAGGGGGUAGUGAAUGAAGAUUCUAAUUUUAAAAGUGUGUUUUACUGCAAAAACUUGGUUUGAAGUAGGAAUUUUUUCUCCUAUAUAAAAUCAUAGCUGGUUAUCAUCAGCUUAAAAUCAUAGCCGCUUUUAGAAUAGGUUUUAUCAGAAAAUGUAAUUAAGGAAAAUUGUAAAAGUAUUUUAGAGUUCAAAUUUACCAUAAUUAAAUAAGUAUACUUUGUUGAAAAUCUGGGUUUAAAAAUGCUCAUAUUAAAAUCACAUUUAAAAGUCCACCAUAGUAAUUGGUGUUGAGUAGGUUUUAUAAAAAAGUUAUUUUAAGUAAAAUUUUUAUUGAUUCUUCUUAAAGUAUAUGCUACUGAGAAAUCAUAAUAAUACAUUCUUUUUAAAAAUUUUCAUCACUUGAAAACUUAUUUGAUCUAAAUUCCACCUUAUUUUUACUCCUUUCGUAACAAAACUUUAUUAUAUGUAUGUUAUACUUUCUUUUACUUUUUAUGUAAGAGGAAAAAAAAAUCAGGAAAGUUUUACAUGUAUGCUUCUUCAAUGGAAUCAAAUAAUAGUGUUCCAGUUAUGAGUUUUGCAAUUUAAAAUCAAUUGUUAUAUUUAACACUCAUUUGUAAUUAUACAAAUUAUUAAAAUUAGGUAUUGUUAAAGUGUGGGCAUAAAAUAUAUUUUAUGUUAAUGUUAAGAAAAUAUAUCGAUUUUUUUAAAUGGUAAAGUAAAUAAAAUGUGACGUCCUUUUGCAGAAGGUCUAUUAUAUAUUUUGCAUGUACUAACGCUGCUCUAAAAUAUGAUAGUGCCCUGUAAAAUGACAAUGAAGGAUAAAAAUUCUUAUUAAAACAAAGUUGUAAUAACAUUAGUGAGUAAUGUUCCAACCUCUUUAAGUUAUUAUAUUUUAAAAAAAAUUCCCAAAGUUCAUUUAUUAUUUUGCUUUACUACAAACUCUUAAAAGCAGUUAGUUAAAAUAUAACGGUUUUAAAAAUAAGAAUAUUUUUAAUUCUAAUGUUUUAAUCAGAAAAGCAAGAUUUUAAAAUAUCUUUCUUCAAGGGGAGAAAAAAAAAAAAAAAAAAAACUAAAUUUUAUUAAUUUAUUUGAUUAUUGGGGCAAAUGUGGCAAACUUUGAGCCUCAAGAGGCUAUAAUAGUACAUUAAUUUGCUUUGUGGGAAGAGCAAGCGAGAAUGUGUGUUUUGGUAAGAUAUCUUAUGCCACAAUUUGUGCCUCACAGUUGUUUGUGCCUCUGAGUCCAAAAGUUCAUAUGAGGAAUGAAAUGCAUUGGACUGCUUGAUAUUAGACCAAUUGAAUUAAAAUGGAUAUCUUGCAAAUGAUAACAUCAAAUAUUUUGUGCAGAUUUUUCAGCUUGUAUGUCAUUAUGCUAAAUUAUCAAGUAUAUGGUUACACUCAUGUAUUCAAAAAAUUAUUAAGAUAAAUUUGAAGAAGAAAAAAAGGGUAGUUUUUUAGGGAUUGUUUGUCUGCUGUUUAACAAACAAAUAUGCUUUUGUCAAUAAAUAAUUUCAUUCAUACACAUUCAUAGAUUUUUAGUAUUCAGUAAAAGUUUUAGAUAAGCCUAAACUACCAUUUCUCAUAUUUCUCUACUGUAAUUAACUCUUAUGUAGAAAAACAUAUUUUUCUGAGAUAUUUCUUGUACGUUGAACUCAAAAACAGUUUUAACUCGUACAGCUUUUUAUGUCUGAACAAUCAUAUUAUUCAGUGUAUAAUUUCUAAAAUAUUGUUAGGGGACAGGCUUUUGUUUUUAAAGUUAUAUAUGUGUGCCUUUUAUAGUAGUAGAGUGUCAAUAAUCCAAACUAAUCGCAUGGUAUAUGAAUUACAAGUGAUUACAAUUAAACAAUUUUUUUUAAAUAUAAUUUUUUUAUUUGGUAUUUAAAAAAUUAAAUUUUGUAGCAAGCAGUUGUAAGUAAUCGCUGAGGAAUGUUAUGUAAAAUGAUAAAGAGAACAAAAUAAUCUUUUAAAGCAUAUUAAUUUUUUAAUCUGAUCUUUUUAUAUGUGUAUUAUAAUACUCUUUUCCCUUUUAUCUGUUUUUAUUAUUAUUAUUUUAAAUUGUGGAAAAUCUACUGAAAUUCAUUAUUUAUCUUUUCAAAUGUUUUUUUACAAAAUUUUGCCUAUUUUUUCCCUUUGCCUGCAUCCAUAAUUUAUUGUUUGGGAUUUAAAAACUAAAUAAAUAAAAAAUUUCUUUUCUUAACCCAAAGUAAAUUAAAUUUUGAAAUAUAUUAUUCCUAGCCUAUUUCCUGUCUAUAGUGAUAAAGUUCCCUGCCUGUUCCUGUCUUUAGUCCUUUAAAGUUUUAAGUGAUAAGUAAAUAAAGACAAAUAUUGUUUAGUUGACUAAUGUUGGGAAAGAAAUCACAAGAAAAUAUAUUUAAAAAAAAUGCAAAUAAAAAUAGUGAUGAUGCAGAUGUAUGUAGUUUGGAUUAUUAUCAUUCUGCUUUGCUUUAAAAUUUUCUUACAACAUUUAUAAGUUUUAUUAUUUUGUUUAACACUUUAAAGUAUUUAGACGCAAACAUAGAGAGCAUUAGUAGUUCCUACAUGCAUUAAAAUAUUUUGACUAUAAUUUGUGGUAUUUCUUUCAAAUUUUAUGUAAUAGUGUUAUCAUUUUUUGCUAUGCAUAUUCGUAUGUUUAUGUACUUAUUAUGGUUUAAAUGAAGUGAAUUUUUUGCAUAUUAUUGGACUAUAUCCAGGCUUAAAAUAUUAAAAUGAAUAAUGAUGAUCCUGCAUAAUUAAAUUUUAGUUUUAAAGUAUAUUAAAAUGUUAAUGAAAUAAAAUAAUUUCAUCUGUUUUUCACAUUAACAUUGUUUGAACACAAAAAAAAAAAAAAAAAAA